GACGUCAUCAGCCAGCGACCACAGGAUCGGUGCUGUUAUGUCGCUCCUUCAAAGCCAGCAGGUAGGUCAUGUUUGGGCUUAAAUUCACCGUGAUUGUUCAGAAAUGAGCGGCUUCGUGUGAAGGACCGUGACCCCCAGCAUCGCUGCGUGGAUCCGCGCUCCGCUCCCUCCUCCAGCCGCUCCACGGGCGCUGCUGACCGGACCCGAAGGCCCACAUGACGGCGUCCACCCGCUCUGCCGUGUUGUCCCUCUACACGCGUGUGUUUCGCAUCGCCAGGGCCUGGCAGGCCCAGACGGGCGUCAUGAGCGACACGGAGACGGAGAGACGCUACAUCGUGCAGGAGGCCCGUUCUCUGUUCAGACAGAACCAGCAGCUCACGGAUCAAGAAUCCAUAAAGAGGUGCAUAGAGGAAUGCGAAGCAAGGAUAGAAAUCGGUCUACACUACAGGAAUCCUUAUCCCAGAGCUACGCAUCUCCCCCCGCUGGGUCUGGCCACUCAGAGGGGCCGCAGGCUGCGAGCUCAGCAGCGCCUCAGGAAGCAGGCCAAACCCAUCUACCUGCAGUCACACGACGACACCUGAAGGCUGACGGCCCUGAUACCCGGUCCUCGGCUCAGGUUACCUGGCGGAGGAAACUGGAGAGCAGGCGCUGAGUUUCUGCCUGCAGCUGCUGAUGCAGGAUCAGCCGGCGUUAAGGAGGAGACGCAUUUCUGUCUAAGUUUAAGUUCAGCUGGGCUGUCGCUGUGGGUUUAUGUCUGUAGCAGGUCCAAUUACUGUACAUUAUUCCUCAUGUCUAAAUGUUAAUGUAACUAUUAAAGUGUCUGAAUGUUCAUAAUGUUAUAAAACCUGUUAAGAAAA